GUCACAGAAGAGAUUGCCGGUAAGCUCUUGGGACUCGGCACCUCUGCAACCUGACCCUACGAUAUUUCGCCAGCUUAUACGGAUGCAUUUUUCGUGUUCGAUAAAGGUGCAUAUCUGCACACCCUCGCGACGCCAACCUGAAUGACAUCGUGACCUGAACUAUUAUUCAUCUUCAAGAUCGAAAUGGACACAUCACGAUAUUGGAGCUUGAAGAGGUCUUCAAUUCCUUAGGGAAGCGAUCUACAUUUGAGGAGCUCCAAGCGCGUAUUAGAGAUAUGGACACGGAUGGGAACGGCACUAUCGAGCUUGAUGAGUAUCUCGCUGCCAUGGCGCGCCCGGUCUCGCUGAACCACGGCGAAGGACUGGAGGAGUUGAAAGAAACAUUCCGGAUGUUCGAUAGGGAUGGUAGUGGACAGAUCAGUAAAGAAGAGCUGGAAGCGAUAAUGAAACAGCUUGGGAAAAAUCUUACGGACGAGGAGCUUGAGCAAAUGAUUAAGGAAGUAGAUACGGACGGCGAUGGGCAUGUGGACUUUGAGGAGUUUAGAAAGGUUCGUGGUUGAUUAAUAGGAGUGAUAUGUAGGCAGAUUAUGACAAUCGUUUUCCUCAUGCAGAUGAUGGUGGACUAAAAGCUGACAAUAAUGCUUGGGUGUUGUAUUUCUAUUGCUGUGCGGGAAUACCGCCACGAUGUAAUUUCCUGCUUGCUCAAGUUG